AUGUGGGGAUAUGGCAACACCAGCCCAUUUGACAUCAUUACCCAUCUAGUAACCAAAUACGUGGAAGGCGGAGAUGUCAUUAGUGACCGCAACGCUGUGCGCCGGAGUAGCCACUCUACAAGCCACGGGCCUAUUCAUUCAUCCCAUCGAGAAUGGAACAACGUACACCCAGAAAACCGCACCCUCAUCCACUUCAAAGAAUUCUUUCGUGAUGCCGAAAAUGUCCGCCAGACCGAAACCACUGUCAGCGCCCGCAGGCUACCACCAACGAAGCCAACGCAGACUAUCACGGACACCCAAACAGUCUCCACCGGGACUUCUACGCUCACCCAGCCACAACUGAUCGACAAGCCACGAUCACCAGGAUCGUCCAAGAGUCACUGUCGAGAACCCCAAGCACCACCGACAACACCACCACCACCGGAUCGCCCAAACCGACGCUCCACAACCAGAGCCAACACCUCGAUCGUUGGUCUCACGGCAGCCGAACUUGAUGCCAUGGGAUGGUGCUGGACUCACGGUUACUGCCAUCACCCAGCCCACAACAGUGAAACGUGCAACUUCCCAAAGAAGGGCCACAACAUCCAGGCCACCGCACAAAACAAAAUGGUAGGCAGCAACGAACGAUACCAACCCCGCCGCGGAAACUGA